AAUUUAAUUUUGCUGAGAGAAGACGCGACUGUAAACAAACAGUUCGUCAAACACCGCUGGGGUUUUUUUUUUUUCUUUGUCUCUGUCAAGUUUACAGGAAGUGGUCCGUUGAAAGAUGCACAUCAAAUCGAUUAUUAUCGAAGGUUUUAAGUCGUACGCGCAGAGGACGGAGAUUAACGGCUUUGACCCGCUUUUUAACGCCAUCACGGGACUGAACGGCAGCGGAAAGUCCAACAUUCUGGACUCCAUCUGCUUCCUUCUGGGCAUCUCCAACCUCUCUCAUGUUCGAGCGUCAAAUCUCCAAGACUUGGUUUACAAAAAUGGACAGGGUGGCAUCACCAAAGCCACUGUGUCGAUCACCUUUGACAACUACAACAAAAGCCAAAGCCCUCUUGGUUUUGAAACCCAUGAUGAAAUCACUGUAACCAGACAGGUUGUAAUUGGUGGCAGGAACAAGUAUCUUAUCAAUGGAGUCAAUGCCAACAACACCAGAGUACAAGACUUGUUCUGUUCUGUUGGUCUCAAUGUCAACAACCCACAUUUCCUCAUCAUGCAGGGAAGGAUCACAAAGGUUCUGAAUAUGAAGCCACCAGAGAUCCUUGCCAUGAUUGAGGAGGCAGCAGGCACCAGGAUGUAUGAAUGUAAAAAGAUCAGUGCUCAAAAAACCAUUGAGAAGAAAGAGGCUAAACUGAAAGAGAUUCAAACUAUUUUGGAUGAAGAAAUUACACCAACCAUGCAAAAGCUUCAAGAGGAACGAUCAUCGUACCUGGAGUACCAGAAGCUGAUGCGCGAGAUCCAGCACUUAUCCCGGCUGUAUGUUGCCUGGCUUUUUGUGUGUGCAGAGGAAACUAAGCUGAAGUCUGCGGACAAUUUAAAGGUGAUGCAGGAUAACAUCACCAAGAUGCAAGCCUGCAUGGCUGAGAACAAGUGCAAAGUAAAGGAGCUUACAGCCCAGAUCCAGGAACUGCAGAAGAAAAAAGACCAGGAGGUGAAUGGAGUGCUGAAAUCACUUGAGGAGGCACUAGCUGAGGUGCAACGUGUGGACGCCAAAGCACAGAGUACACUUGACCUGAAAAAACAAAAUCUUAAAGAUGAAACCAAGAAGAGGAAAGAGCUCAUCAAGACUAUGGAAGAGGACAAGAAAAUGCUCGAGGUCAAAGAAAAGGAGGUUUCUAAAUUGACUGAGGCACUUCAGGCUCUGCAGCAAGAAGGCCAGAAGGAGAGCACUGCCCUGGAGGCUGCUGAGCAGCAUUUCCGGGCGGUGUCUGCAGGACUCUCCACAAAUGAGGAUGGAGAGGAGGCCACGCUGGCCGGGCAAAUGAUGGCCUGCAAGAAUGACAUGAGCAAAGCAGAUACAGAGGCCAAACAGGCCCAGAUGACCCUGAAGCAUGUGCAGGCUGAGCUAAAUACCAAACAGGCAGAAGUGAAAAAGAUGGACAGCGGUUACAAGAAAGACCAGGACGCCCUGCAAGCCAUCAGAAACAGCAGGGAGAAACUACAGGCUGAGUUAGCCAAACUCAACUAUGAAGAUGGAAAGGAGGAGAGCCUGCUGGAGAGUCGAAGACAGUUAUCCAGAGAAGUCGCCAAGCUUAAGGAGACCUACGAGAAUCUUGUGUCGCGUUUCCCAAACCUGCGCUUUGACUACAAGGACCCUGAGCGAGGAUGGGACCGCAGCAAAGUGAAGGGACUGCUGGCAAACCUGAUCACAGUCAGUGAUGUCUCUUACGCUACAGCACUGGAGGUUGUAGCAGGAGGACGGCUUUAUAACAUUGUUGUUGACACAGAGGUGACUGGUAAAAAGCUGCUAGAGAAAGGAGAGCUGCAGCGACGCUACACCAUCAUUCCGCUGAAUAAGAUCUCUGCCAAGACGCUCCAUGAGAAUGUGGUCAGCAGCGCCAAGAAGCUGGUGGGAGGUGACAACGUCCACACUGCUCUGUCUCUAGUGGGCUAUGAGGCUGACCUGCGUAAAGCCAUGGAGUACGUGUUUGGAUCGACACUGGUUUGUGACACCCUGGACAAUGCCAAGAAAGUGGCUUUUGAUAAGCAGGUGAUGACCAAGACGGUCACUCUCGGAGGCGACAUUUUUGACCCUCAGGGAACCCUGAGCGGAGGAGCUCGCUCCCAGUCGGCAUCGCUGCUGUCUAGUCUGCAGGAACUAAAGGAGGUUCGCGACAGCUUGAAUGACAAAGAAGCCCAGCUUCAAGAAACUGAACGACAGCUAGCCAGCCUGAAGGCUACCGCGGAAAAGUACAGACAGCUGAAGCAGCAGUAUGAGCUGAAGGUGGAGGAGGAACAGAUUCUGCAGACAAAGCUGCAGCAGAGCGCCUUCCACCAGCAACAGGAGGAGCUGCAGAGGCUACGCAAGGCCAUCGAGGAGAGCAAGGAGACUCUGCGCGUCACCAAGGAGGUGCAAAAGCGAGCUGAAGAGAAGUACAAAGUUCUGGAGAACAAGAUGAAGAAUGCUGAGGAAGAGAGGGAGAAGGAGCUGAAAGCCGCCCAGCAGAAACUCAACGCAGCCAAGGCCAAAGCCAACACCUUCAACAAGAAGCUGAAGCAGAAGCAGCAGGAGUCUGAGGCGGUGGCCCUGGAGCUGGAGGAGCUGCGCAGGGAGCAGGCCGGCUACGAGCAGCAGAUCCAGGCUGUGGACGAGGCCAUGAAAGCCAUCCAGGAGCAGAUAGACAGCAUGUCGUGCACGGUGUCCCAGAACAAGGAGGCCGUGCGAAAUGCCCAGGAGGAGUUCGCCAAGCAGAAGGAGGUGAUCAUGGCUCAGGACAAAGAGCUGAAAGGGAAAAGUGCGGAGGCCAAUAAAAUAAUGGAACAGAACAACGAAGUCCAGCUAAAGAUCAAGGAGAUGGAGCACAACAUUAACAAACACCGCAAAGACAGUCAUGAUGCUGCUGAGAAGGUGAAUCGGAUGUUGGAGGAACACGACUGGAUCCAGUCAGAGCGGCAAUUCUUUGGGCAGCCCAACACAUCUUAUGAUUUUAAGGUCAAUAACCCUCGUGAGGCUGGCCAGCGCCUGAAGAAGCUGGAGGAGACCACCAGCAAGCUGGAGAGGAAUGUGAACAAGAGGGCCAUGAACAUGCUGAAUGAGGCAGAAGAAAGGUAUAACGACCUGAUGAAGAAGAAGAGGAUUGUGGAGAAUGAUAAAGCUAAAAUCCUGCAGACUAUCGAGGAACUGGACCAGAAGAAGAACGAGGCUCUAAACCUGGCAUGGCAGAAGGUAAAUAAGGACUUUGGCUCCAUUUUCUCAACCCUGCUGCCAGGAGCCACUGCCAAACUGGCUCCUCCUCAGGGCUGCGGUGUGCUCGAUGGGCUGGAGUUCAAGGUGGCCUUGGGCAACACCUGGAAGGAGAACCUGACAGAGCUCAGUGGAGGACAAAGGUCACUGGUGGCUUUGUCUCUGAUCCUGGCCAUGCUGCUGUUUAAACCUGCUCCCAUCUACAUCUUAGACGAGGUGGACGCCGCUCUGGAUCUCUCUCACACGCAGAACAUUGGACAAAUGUUGCGUACACACUUUAGACAUUCCCAGUUUGUGGUGGUGUCCUUGAAAGAUGGCAUGUUCACCAACGCCAAUGUGCUCUUCAAGACAAAGUUUGUUGAUGGCAUGUCCACCGUAACGCGGACGGCGCUGAGCCAAAGCGAUGCCUACCUUUCACGCAAAGGCCAAGAAAAGGCGUGUCAAAAAGACAAGCGGCCCAAACAGCUCAUCAGUUAAUCGUGAGCACGGAAAUAGGACAGUUUUUCUUUUUUGUUCUUAUUUUCUUUUAACAUUCUGUCUGGUGUCACAAUAUCGUGGCAUCUGUUAAUGUCACAGAAUUAUGUGUUUCCUCUGAGUGUAAUCAGGAGUUCUUUUUGCAGAUGUUUCCUUGACAGCAGUUAGCUGUUUUAACUGUUGGCAGUUAUACCCAUUUAUAAUUUAUACAGUUAGUCCCAAUUUGGACGUUGCCCGGGUUUUGUUUCAGCUGUCGCUGCAUGUUGGAGAUGAAAGUGAAUAAUGAAUGAGCUCGUUUUACUGUCACUUUGAAAAAUUUUAGAACUUCUGUUCUACGGAGUUGCAGACUUCAGUGGCUGUGAUUGGACAGACUGUACACCAGUCACACUUGGAUUUUCUGUUUUCUUUGGCACGUUGUCACAUACACACUCUCUCCAAUUACAGCCACUGAAGCUUGUAAGUACAGUUGUUUAGAUUUGUGUUUGUGUCCGAUCAGUCAGGCGUGAGGACAAAACUUGAAAUAAACUGAAUGUUUUAUCUACUCACUUCUGAAAGAAAUAGACAUGGCAAACUGUCCGGAAGGAUCACACAGUGAUUCCUGCAGUGUUCACUUGAUCCAGAUACAGUAACUCUCCAAUCAAAACAGUCUGCGCUCAGGUCAUAUUCAGAGCUCUAAUGCGCUGUGACAGACGCAUACAGUCACAAAAAAUAAGCAGUGUCUAAUUAAAUAUGGACCCAACUGUCUUACUGUGGUCUCAGCUUAGUUUAACAUUUAAGUGCAAGUUCCUUUGAGUCACUUUAUCUCAUCUUUUCUGUCCAUGCUGAUCUUCUUAGAGAAAUUAAGUGUCUUGAUCCAUUUAAUGUUAAUGUUUAUAUUUUAGUAAAUAAAGCAAUGCAGAAAGACUCUUUUGCAGCUGUCACUCAUUCAUAACUUAUCAGUUUUUUAAAGCUACAGUGUGCAGGACUUAAGGGCGUUAAUUAUGAGCAGAAUUGG